AAUGUGUCUAAUGUCUGAAGCCGUUACUGGCCUCUCAACGCCUGCCUUUAGCUUUAAUAUUAUAACCUUACCGUAGUUCAUAUAUGUGGGAAAACCACCAUUCUUGCAGUCGGUUAAAGAGAUGACACGGUCUGACUUGAACACGAGAGCUGUGGAAGAUAUCGCCAAUUGAGAGGUUUUUGUCCAAGUAGGGGCUGAAAGUUGUUUCCAAGGACUAAAGCGCUAUGAUGCGCCUCUGAGGAUAUCUCGAUCACAUGGGCUCCUAUCCUGUGCUGACCCAAUGGUUUAAUCACCAGGACUAAAAAUGAGCAUAAGCAGUGAUGAGGUUAAUUUCCUGGUUUACAGAUAUCUGCAGGAGUCGGGCUUCUCUCACUCUGCAUUCACCUUUGGCAUAGAGAGCCACAUCAGUCAGUCUAACAUCAAUGGAGCCUUGGUGCCCCCUGCUGCCCUCAUUUCCAUCAUUCAGAAAGGCUUGCAGUAUGUGGAGGCUGAAGUCAGCAUCAAUGAGGACGGCACCUUAUUUGACGGGCGGCCAAUCGAGUCCUUGUCUUUGAUUGAUGCCGUAAUGCCAGAUGUGGUCCAGACCAGGCAGCAGGCCUACAGAGACAAGCUGGCCCAGCAGCAAGCAGCAGCGGGCAGUGGCAGCAGCACGGGGCCACAGGGAAGCACCAAGAACGGAGAGGGCGCCGCCAACGGGGAGGAAAAUGGAUCCCACGCCUUAGCCAAUCACCACUCGGAGAUGAUGGAGGUAGACAGGGAUGUGGAGAUCCCCCAGAGUAAAGCCAUGGUCUUGAGGGGCCACGAAUCGGAGGUUUUUAUCUGUGCCUGGAACCCAGUCAACGACCUCCUCGCCUCUGGGUCCGGGGACUCGACAGCACGGAUCUGGAACCUGAGCGAGAACAGCACAGGCGGAUCCACCCAGCUGGUUCUGAGGCACUGCAUUCGGGAAGGGGGCCAGGACGUACCCAGCAACAAAGACGUCACCUCACUAGACUGGAAUAGCGAGGGGACAUUACUAGCAACCGGCUCAUAUGAUGGCUUUGCUAGGAUAUGGACAAAAGACGGUAACUUGGCCAGUACUUUGGGUCAGCAUAAAGGCCCUAUAUUUGCACUCAAGUGGAAUAAGAAAGGAAACUUUAUCCUUAGUGCUGGUGUGGAUAAGACAACAAUUAUUUGGGAUGCACACACGGGAGAGGCGAAGCAACAGUUUCCUUUCCACUCAGCGCCCGCUCUGGAUGUCGACUGGCAAAGCAAUAACACGUUUGCCUCGUGUAGCACAGACAUGUGCAUCCAUGUGUGUAAGCUGGGCCAGGACAGACCUGUGAAGACCUUCCAGGGACACACGAAUGAAGUGAACGCCAUAAAGUGGGAUCCUACUGGCAGCUUGCUGGCCUCCUGCUCCGAUGACAUGACCCUAAAGAUCUGGAGUAUGAAGCAGGAUUCAUGUGUCCAUGACCUCCAGGCCCACAGUAAAGAAAUCUACACCAUCAAGUGGAGCCCCACAGGCCCCGGGACCAACAAUCCCAAUGCCAGCCUCAUGCUGGCCAGUGCGUCGUUUGACUCAACAGUGCGUCUGUGGGACGUGGAGCGGGGCGUGUGCAUCCACACACUGACCCGCCACCAGGAGCCCGUCUACAGCGUGGCCUUCAGCCCAGAUGGCAGGCACCUGGCCAGCGGCUCCUUUGACAAGUGUGUCCAUAUCUGGAACACACAGACGGGUGCUUUAGUCCACAGCUACCGAGGGACAGGAGGGAUCUUUGAAGUGUGCUGGAACGCCACAGGGGACAAAGUAGGAGCCAGCGCAUCUGAUGGAUCGGUAUGCGUACUAGACCUCAGAAAAUGACACUCAUCGGGGGAGCCAUGGACCGACUACGAAUGUGUACAUAGCCAAAAUGACUGUCCCUGCCUGUCCGCCACACUGCUGUAGUCCCACAGAUGCCAUGGCCUGCCGUUACAGCCAACUGGAGCACGCCCUCCAUCAGACGUAGACCCAAGGACCACAUCAUGGCAACAAACAGUUUAUAUGCAAAUGCAUCAGAUAUACCAGGUCUGUAUGGACAUUAGUCUUUGAGAUGCGGGAUUUAAACAUUUCUUUGUUAUCACACAGUAUAAACGUGUCACCACAAGCAAACCAAAACACCAGGAUUCCUCUUGAUUUCCUCUUUUUGUCCUUUGUAUCCGACUUGUAAAGAAUUUUGUUCUCUGGUGUGUGCAUAUUGCAUAUGUCAGCAUUUAGUGUCCUGUGGACAUCGUUGUGUUGAGUUUGGACUUUAUUGAUCUCUGUAAAUUACAUGUGAGAUGGGAGAGAAGAGAGACGAGAUGGGAGAUGUUUUUUGUUUGUUUUUUUAAGAAAAAAAGAUGUUUGUCUUUUAAAAAGUGGAUGUUCAGAGACGUUCAUUGGGAGAUAAAUUCAUUUACUGCAGUCUUUGAGGUUCAAAAAUGCAGAUGUAUAGUUUUGUCAACUCUAUUUUUAUCCAGUAGGUUCGUUCCAUUUUUGUCAUUAAAAAAACAAAACAAAAAAACAAAACGUAAUAUAAAGCAGUUAAUCAAAGGUUGAACUGUCCUUUGCUUGCAACCUUUAUCCUCAGAAAUGGUUUUCAGGUUAUCACAGUUCAUCAGGUUAUGUUGGUGCCCUGUAGAAUUCAAAAUCUCCUGGCUGAAAGAUGAUCUGUGUAGCUUUUAACACGGAUGACAUCAAUGCUGUUAAAGAGUGGUCAGCUUCAGGUUUGCGUCUUUGAAACUCACCUCGUCCUUGAUCUGUCGGCACAGCAAUCACUUGGUGAGAGAGACGGGAAAACCAGCCCAUUACUUCAUCGGAUUUGUAGAAUUAAUAGUCCUAAUUGUGCUUGUUCUCAGUUAAUAUCUAUUGUUUUUCAUAAUGCGGCUUUGUUGGUCUAAUUGCUUCUUGUUGCCGGAAACAAUUAGACCAAGAUCAUCUGGAGCAUUGUUUCCUGCUGUUGUCAGGUAGUAGGUUCCCAUCAUUAACACACACACACACACACACACACACACACACACACACACACACACACACACACACACACACACACACACACACUCUCUCUUUGGAGACAGGCUGUGUUCAGGCCUAUGCACGGUUAGACGGCGCUUUUGUGUGCAGUGUUCAGAGUUGGCAUUUUGAGGCAAGUCUGUUGCUGAAAAGCAGACUCUCAGCAUAGGACUUGUUGUAACAUGGUAUCUGCAUAUAAUAUAUAUAAAUACAUUUAUGAAUAUAUAUCUAUGCUACUACAGGGGAUUUUUGUUGUGUGUGUAUGCCACUCCUACGUUAUGGGUGGAUUUUAAAGUAACCUUUUCAAAACUCUUGAAAUACAGUACGUGAUGUUCUUGUGCAUCACUGAUAGUUGUGACCAUGAGGAAUGGUUUUUAUUUAUAAAAUACCAUUAAACAGUUAUAGCUAAAUUUAAAAGAAAAGGAAAAAACGGUAGACUUUUUGAUUAUUAUUAGUUUUUUUAACCCUGCACUUUAGGUUCAAAUGGAGAAACAGUCUCCGGCACAUCUGAUUUAAAAAGUCCCUGAGGAUGGCCCAAAUGAUGUAGAACAUGUUCAGUAGGAAAAAUAAGGUUAGCAGUGUCUUGUCUGACUCGUAGGGCACUUCAACUUUGAAACAAACUAACUUCAUGGCAUUCCCGCUCUCAUCUCGUAGCCAUAACAGCACCUUCGGCUUGAUAUGUGCACACAUGUCGCUGGAUAAUUCAGAGGUUUUGCUCAGCAUGUUACGUGUCUUUUGUUUUUUCAAAUACUGAAGCUGAAAACUGCUGAAGUUUGCUUUAAUACAGUCAGCAGUACUUGGACUGAGUCACAAGGACACUAUUUCAAAUGAUGUCUAUGACGGUGGAAUGGUAUUUUAUAAACGUUUGUUUUUAGACAAUAAGCUUUUUACACUGCAUUCAAGUGUGUUUGCAAUUUUUUUUUUUUGUUCCUUCCAAAAGUACUAAUUCUAUCUUUGCUAUGUUGGAGAGCCCUUGAAGGUUUUGUACUGAUCAAAACUUUUGUAAUUUUGAUUUAUUUGUAGCUAUAUACUCAAAAGAAACGACAACAAAAAUAAUCUGGAUUUAAUUGUUGAUGUAUUAUAACACAACAUGUAAAUACUGAUUUUAAGAUUUGUUUUUUUUUUUCGUCUUUUCCCUUGUACUCUCUUUCUCUCUCACUCACAUGGCUGCAGUCUGCAGCCUCCUGAUCAGACUGUUGUAAUAUCACUCAGAUCUCAAGGUCUAGAAUAAAAUCUAUUUUGAUAAUAUCAA